AUAUUUGUAGCUCACACUCAAUCAAACACAACAUAUUCAAUGAGUGUAGCCUAUCCGUGGUUGAGUGUAGCCUAUUCAUGCAUGAACCACCAGAGCUUCACCUUCAAGUAGCUUGCAGGGUGUUGUGUUAUAUAAAAGGAAAUCUUAUCAUUUUCUUGCAUGGGAAGCUUACACCACAGGUGACUAUUGGAUAGUGGAAAAAAGAUCUACUUUGGAGGUAAUUUGGAUAACGUAUAGGUUUAAAAAGUGUACUCUAGAAUUAGAAUUUUGAGCUUUUGCUCAAGGAUUUUGCGAACUAUUAUGGUUGAAGAUAAGCUUUGAUGACUUAUAUAUAUAGGGUUUUAGAAAAGGUUUGAUAGAUGGUAACAUUUAUGUCCAUCGUUUUGAAGAAGUCUUUGGAUGAAGUAAAAUUGUUCCCACUACAAAGCAUUAUUCCUAUUUAAGCCAACCACUUUGUUUUCACUUUUAACGAGUUUUUGCUUUGCUUUGUUGGGACUCAAAGAACUGUACCAUUAGGAUAUCAUUACCCGUUUGAUGUAUUUUAGGUGAUAUGAUCAAAUUUGCUUAACAAGCAGCUCCUCCAAGAUAAAUUCCGGAAAUAUGACUAAUUUGAAAAGGUCGAUUGAGAGUUGUUUGGAGUGCUAUAUGGCCUAACGUGGUGCUGUUCUGAUAAAACUCUCCCAUCAUUUUAAAAAGUGUUUGGAAUAAUGUUAAAGAUAAAAGAAAAGCAAAAGAAAAAAGAAACGAGACACAUUCUUGGAUGUCAAGACAAGUUUUAUUCAUGCAACCAAAACCAAAGAUUGGUGCUGCGCCUCUAUGUUGUUGUAUAUAUCCAUGAGGGUUGAGGAAUGAAGGUGCAAAUUUGGGUAGCAGCAAUGGAGAAACAGCCACCGCUGUCCAUCAAACUUAUUAGAGAUGACAAUGUGGAUAAACCUGACAUGGUUAUUCAGGUGAUGGGCUGUCUGAAUGAACCUGGGUUGGAUUCUCCUGCCAUCACACAUUGUAUCUACAAACUACCAUUCUUCAUGAGACAAACUCACCCCGAAGCUUUCAACACAGCUUUCGAUCCCCAGGUGGUGUCAUUUGGGCCAUACCACCAGGGGAAGCACCAUUUGUCACCCAUGGAACGGGAAAAGGCUAAAGUGUUCAACUCUCUUAAAACCAGAGGACUGCCCGUUGAAGCCGUUGUGAGCGGUGUGCACAGCAUUUUGGAUGACCUGUUGGGAUCAUACGAUAGGCUUGACCAAGAAUGGACUCAACAUCCAGGCAAGUUCUUGAUGCUCAUGAUUGUGGAUGGGUGUUUCUUGCUGGAGUUGCUCUGCAACUGCCCUGCAUCUCUAAUUAACAUGAAGAUGGAUAUAAGGCAGGAAACGCUGCUGCUUGAGAAUCAGCUACCCAUGAAGCUUCUGCAUCAGCUGUAUUCUAUAGCAGGCCCUAUCUUCAUCUCACAACGCGACAAGGAACAACAACCCAAGGAGCUGAUUUGCAAUUGGUUGGGCAUCUCCACGACAGAUCUGGACGAAGAAUUCUUGCACAUUUUGGACAUGUAUAAGGCCUCAUUAUUGAGUCCUCCGGUAGACCGGACGCCUUGGUGUGAGAAGGAUAAGCUUUCAGGCGCGGAGUGUCAAGUCAUUCCGCCCGCAACAAAGCUUCGUGAAGCGGGGAUCAGAUUCAAGAGGAGCCGGACGAAGAGCCUUAAGGACGUGAUUUUCGAUAAAGAACAAGGCGUGUUGAGUCUGCCGAUGUUGAUGGUGGACGACGACACUGAGUCCACUUUCUUAAACGUGAUGGCAUUUGAGAAACUCCACGUUGAGGGUGCAGCCCAAGAAGCGCCUUCCCUCGUCACGUCUUUCGUGAUCUUGAUGAGUAAUUUGAUAGACGACGAGAGAGAUGUGGCGCUGCUAUCCUCCAAGGGUACGUUGGCAAAUGCGCUUGGGAAUGACAGACAAGCGGCAGAGUUGUUCAGUCGGCUGGGGAAAGGGGUGGCUAUGGGUCCCAACAGGCACAUGAUGGCGGUGCACAAGAUGCUGAAUGACUACUGCAAGGAGCCCUGGAAUGAACGGUGCGCAACUCUGAAGCACCAAUACUUUCAAAACCCAUGGACCGUCAUCUCCUUAACCGCUGCUAUUUUUGGUUUCCUCAUCCUAAUCCUCCAGGCCAUCUACCAACUUCUUGAUUACUACAAGGAGGACAAAAAGAAAUAAUACUAACUUCGUCCACACCAUCUACCACUUGCCCACAAUUUUUUUUUUAAUCUAUCUAUCUAUCUCUCUUUUCUUACGCAUUUCUUGAUUAUUCCUUUGUAUUUUGAUAUUCAUUUGUAUUUUGGAUAAUGUUUUUAUGUGGGUUUGACUUAUAAAAUAAUUUUAAAAAAUCUAA